AUGGAUGCUACUAAGGAGGUGCCCAUUGCUGGCAAUGAGGGAGAUAAUGCUGCUACUGCUGCUGACAUUGAUCUCAACCUUGAGGACUUCGUGACUCAACUCACAGAGAAUAAUCUUCUCAUUAGAGAGGAGCAGUGCCGCAUCCAGAACUUGGAGGCUGAUUCUGUCAAGCUUCAGGCCUUGAUUGAGAAGCUGACCAGGGAGGUGCAGUUGAUCCCUAAGGAAAACGGCACCUCCAGCUUCAUUCAGGACCUGCAGACCACUCUCCAGUUCGGGCAGGAUCAGCUCAAGAGGCAAGAGAAAAACAUCUCUGUGCUUCAGACUCAGUACAGCGAGAUCCGGCAUGGCAACCUCUACCAGCCUGCUCCUGCAGCAGAGCGAGUCGCCAAUACCGCUAACAGCCAUGUUGCGCCUGCUGCUGCACCUCCUGCUGUUCCUCCUUCUUCUGGAGCACGUGCUGAGCCUCCUACUGCAGCUGCAAAUGCCUUUGGCUCCUGCCCCUCGGCCCUGCCUCGUUUUGUCCAUGGCAAAACUGACGUUGAGACUUGGCUCUCCAUUGCGGAGGACUUUAUGUCCAUCCACAAUGUGCGUAGCGAGGCUUGCGUGGUCUUUUCGACCCUUGCCGUGGACGACACUGCGAGCAAGUUGGUGUAUGCCAACAAGCGUCACGUAGAGGCUAAUGGCCACCCCUUUGGCUGGGAGGAGUUCAAAGCGGCCAUGCUGACGGCGUUCCUGGUUCAGCCCCUGGUGCUCGAGGUGCGUAGCCGCCUGGAGAACAUCCAGUGCGGUGACCAGCCUGUACGCGAGUACGCCAAGGAGUUUGAGAAAACUCUGUCGCUGCUGAAGACUGCUCUUCCUGAGAGCGAGGUUAUCCACCAGUUCUUCAAGGGACUCCCCGAGCACAUCAAGCGUGUGCAUGUGGUGAAGGGGGAGCACCAGUGGAAGACCUACAAGGAGUGUAAGGAGCAGGUCAUCAGCACGGAUGUGCACUUCCGUGCGUACCUGGACCUCAAGAGCACUCGUGCUCAGCAGCAGGACCCACGCACCCAGGGGCGGUGGCUCUUGGAAGAGGCCCUAUCAGCAUAG